AUGGCAGCCCUGCAGGAGAAGAAGUCGUGCAGCCAGCGCAUGGCCGAAUUCCGGCACUACUGUUGGAACCCGGACACUGGGCAGAUGCUGGGCCGCACCCCAGCCCGGUGGGUGUGGAUCAGCCUCUACUACGCAGCUUUCUACGUGGUCAUGACGGGGCUCUUUGCCUUGUGCAUCUACGUGCUGAUGCAGACCAUCGACCCCUACACCCCAGACUACCAAGACCAGUUAAAGUCACCGGGUGUGACCUUGAGACCUGAUGUGUAUGGGGAAAGAGGACUGCAGAUCUCCUACAAUGUCUCUGAAAACAGCUCCUGGGCUGGCCUUACGCACGCCCUCCACAACUUCUUAGCAGGCUACACACCGGCAUCCCAGCAGGGCAGCAUCAACUGUACCUCUGAAAAGUACUUCUUCCAGGAGAGCUUUGCAGCUCCAAACCAUACCAAGUUCUCCUGCAAAUUCACUGCAGACAUGCUGCAGAACUGCUCAGGCCUGGUGGACCCCAGCUUUGGCUUCGAGGAGGGGAAGCCCUGCUUCAUUAUUAAAAUGAACAGAAUUGUCAAGUUCCUUCCCAGCAACAACACAGCCCCCCGAGUGGACUGCACGUUCCAGGAUGAUCCUCGAAACCCCCACAAGGACACUGAGCCCCUGCAGGUCGAGUACUACCCACCCAAUGGUACUUUCAGUCUCCACUACUUCCCCUACUAUGGCAAGAAAGCCCAGCCCCACUACAGUAACCCUCUGGUGGCAGCAAAGCUUCUCAACAUCCCCAAGAAUACAGAAGUCGUCAUCGUGUGCAAGAUCCUGGCAGACCAUGUGACCUUCGACAAUCCCCAUGACCCAUAUGAAGGGAAAGUGGAGUUCAAACUUACAAUACAGAAGUAA